ACGCUGAGCAAAAAGAAGAGUUUUGGCGUGAGCGCGAGAGAAGCGGGGAGCAGGGCUGGAGCGGCGUGUGGGGAUGUGGGAUCCUGUGCUGGAGGCUCAUCGGUGGCUUCAGAGUUUAAGUGUCAACCAAAAGAUACGUUUGAUGGAUUUAGAUGGGCAGUGUUAUUCGAAAGCAGCAAAACAACGUUACUAGAAUACUACAGAAUUUGCCAGAAGAGGGACUAGGAUACCACAGUAAGCAGUGGCGGACAUUUUAAAGAAUCAUGAUGAGCAGCAAACCAGCCUCCAACUGCAGGGACCUUGUGGCCCAUGGAAAGAUGCCAAGGCUACAGAAAUCUGUAGGGGACCCAGUUCUUCCUGGGUUUCCCUCAUCACAAAGUCUGCCCAGAUAUGCUCAUGAGGAACCUACAAACUACAGUGGGGCUUACUAUUCCAUGUGCCUCGGUGGGCAAGAGAGGAGGGACCUUUCAGCCCAUUGGAAUCCUUCAAGGACUUGUAUGCAAAGUGGCAGAAAUCCUAUAUUUUUCCCUUCAAGUGCAAACAGGGCAUUACCCAAUCACAUCCUUCAUAGGACCGAGCAUAUGGCCUUCCCUGUGGAGAAAAGCCCUCCUAUGGAACAAAAAGAGCUUGCAGCACAACAAAAGAUGCCAUUUUAUGACAGAAGCCCUGAGAAGCUCAGUCCAGGUGUACCCAGGGUCCACACGCCUGUUGCUGUGAAAAAGACAAAUGUGGAAGGUACAAAUGUUUCUCCUCAAACUGAAACCUCCGUUGGCCUAGCUAUCCCUAAGCCUGUUUAUGGUCGCAAUGUCUGCUGUGCAGAACUUGGAUGUUCUUCAGGACCAUCCUACAGCACGGAGCGUGGAGAUGCAAGGAUCCAUCCCCCUUUCUGUGACGAGGAGUGGAUGCUACAGUGUAGUCCUCUGUCAAUCCUGCAAAGGAAAGAUCAGGAAGCACUGAUGCAGCGAAAGGUCCUGGAGCUGGAACACAGUCGGAGGCAAUCAUUAAAGGAAGCCCAGUUAGAUGGCUACCUUCCCAUGAGACCCACAGGCCCAACUAGGAUGCCAGCUUUUGCAGAACAAAACUACAGUCGUUUUCCAUAUGCAGACUCGGCCCACUCUAUGCUAGCCCCCCCCGGACAGCCAUAUCAUCGAUUACCUUCCAAAAUGUACCACAGCCUGCCAUCGUCUAUUCCAUGCACCUAUGAAGAGAUGCAACUCUCAGCCCUUCCACACUCUGGUGUCUCCUCCAAAUUGUACCCAGACCACACUCCUCCUGCUCCAAGCCAUCCACAAUGUCCCCCACAUCCUGCUUUUUAUUAUCCCCAGGGAGGAACAAAAGUUGCCAACAGUGCUCAAUAUUCUGACAGGGGUGGGAGUAAUCGGCAGGACCCUUUGGGCUCCAUAAGCAAGCAGCACAUCCAGAAUCCUUCAGGGCCAUAUCGUGUACCUCAUUCAGUUUUUAGUAAUAUUCCAGCUCCUUGUCCUAUCACUCAGCAAAGUCAUUCAUUUGUUCAACAUUGUGAAGUUCCACCGUAUCAACUUUACAAAACUCAUACAAGCCCAGGACAGAAGAGAGCAUUUUCUGAUGGGCCAGGCUCUACUGUGUCAUUCGCUGAACAGCUAGAGGACUAUUCUUUACUAAAAGCACAACUACAGUCUCCCUCAAGGGCACUUUGUGGACAAGGGUUUGGCUCCAGUGCGUUCCAUCCUGUACUGCCUCGGUUUGAUCAUGGAAGUGACAGCCAGGAGUCUAUAGUUGUACUGGAUGGUGGACUGAGUAGGGCACAAGUGACGGCUCCUCACAGCAUUGUUAGCCAGCAUCGGGGUGAGAGAGCUGUAACCGAUUUGAUUAAUGGUGACUCAGGCCCUCACCCUUCAUGUGUCAGAGUUUAUACCAAUGAACAGUCAUCUGAAACAAGCCGUGCUGUCUCUUCUGAAUCGCAUACCCUAAAUCAGAAAGAGGACAAUGGUUUGUUUGAUGUGCAGAGUCCUAGGAAACCAGAUGAAGAUGACCAGAAACUCGUAGAUGGACCUUCAUCACCUCCAAUGCCGGUUAUUAACAAUGUGUUUAGUUUGGCCCCUUAUAAAGCUUACCUGGAAGCAACAGGAAUGCUGUCUGCACCAAAUGUGCCUGACCGUGGUGAUCCAGAAUUGGGUACAAGCAGAAUACAACCUGAUAUACAGAUCAAUGAGAGAGAUGCACAGCAAGCUUCAAUGCCUAAAGAUGUAUUAAUUUCCUUUGGUAACUCAUGGUCUUCUCAAGAGGAGGCAGUCAAUAUAAGGGAAUCCAAAAAAAUAAAAGUUGAGCCAAAUGAAGAGGAAGUUACAAAUGACUCGUUUAAAACCGAUCAGACUAGUUAUCAGGGAGUGCAUUGCGGGCUCCAGGAGAUCUGUAAAGAAGAACCUGAUGUACGGACUAGCUCAAGCUCCCCAGAUGAUGAUGUGCUUGAUCUAAGUGUGAAGAAGAGUGACUCCCAUGAAUCCUCUUGCAAGCUCCAAACGUUAACCGGUGGUUCAGAGGAUAUGGGACCCUCCUCAGAGGGUCAUGGAACAGCAGGUGCUUGUGAGGUGGACAAAAACCCUGCACUUAUGCAGACGCCCCCAAAACCUUCAACGCCACCCUUCAGCCCCUCAGACAAAAAGUUUCGCUUUCAGCACAUUCCACCUGAAUAUCUUAAACUAUCUGCUUUCAAGAUUGUUGUGCCAGACACACUUAGGGCUCCUUGCAGUAAUACCACAGACUUACCCUCAGACUCCAAGGGCCUUGAGGGCACAAAGCCACUACCGAAGCCCAAUUCCCAUUUGGACAGCUCCAGACGCCCUCGCCACCAUUUUAUGGAACUGCAUCAGUCACUCUGCAGGCUCAUCUCCAGGUCUGUCUCCCAUACCCCAGAACUGGACCUCAGAGCCUGGUUUGACAAUAAAGAUCGAGGGUUGUCUGCUCCAUCUCACACAAAGACCCAGAGGGUCUCCUGUCUCCUGGGAGUAGAAGUCAUGGAUUUAUGGCUUAAGUGUAAUGACACUGCUGCAGUGUUCCACCAGGUCAUCCGUCACAUGGAGAGCUUUGUUUCGAACUGCCGGUGUCCUUUUCCUCAUGUUGUCCGAGCUGGGAUGCUAUUCAUCCCCAUGCUCAUUGUGAAGGAGAGCCUCUUCCCCCAGGUGCCUGGUGCCUUCAUUGACCAGGUACUGCAGGAGCGCCGGGUUGAGCUGCGACCCACCACACUCUCGGAGGAGCGCCACCUAGCCCAGCUCCAGAAGCGGGCCUGCUCCUCCAAGCUCCGAAGGCUUCUGUCCCUCAAACACUUGCCUGAAGUUUACCCAGACGUGCUGAACCUUUUCUACCAUGUGUGUGUCAGCAAACGCUUGGGGACAGAACUCGGAGACUCUAUGAAAAAAGAGCCAUCUCGGGGAAAAGAUACUGAUAUGUCCUGUCGGUCCCAUGUCAGGACAGGCUGCGGGACACCAAGUUCUUCUGAGAAGUUGAACAACUCAGCUUCUCUUAAAAAACGGAAAAGAAAUGGAAGGAGAAUGAGUGACUCAAAAAGGCUGUUCUCUGGGGAGAAUAUACAACAGAAGAAUAAUGCUGAACCUUCUGGAAAAUUUGAGAACUGGAGUAUUGUGAGCUCCUUCUGUGAGAAUGGGGACAGCACGCAGAGCACCUGUGAAGAAGGCAUGGAGAACAUACAGAUCAAGGUGGAGGAGGAAUCCUCUGAUCUGGAGCAGGCUGUGGAGGGGAAGCCCGACAAGGCAUGGGGCCCCGUGAUGUCCGAUGAGGUUUCUUCAGGAGACAGUGACAUGGAGAAUGAUAGAACCUCCACUAUAUCAGAGCGCAGCCAGUCCUCUGAUUCCACUAAGCCAUCAACAAGUUCAAGGGUCCGUUCUGGAAUGAUUCUGAAGUUGAGGAAGGUUCUAUUUGAUACAGGUUCUGGUAAGUAUGAUUCUGGGUUCCAGCCCAUUUGUGACACGGGACAUUGUGGACAGUCUGGAAUCAACGCGAGGAAGAUAAUAGGUGAACAAGGACGACACCAAGAACGCUCUCAAAGGAUUAGAGCCGGGGAGGCCCAAGAUGAGAGGGGACUCCCCCCAGGAGCCACAGGGUACACAUACAGCUCCUCCAAGGCCAUGCAGCACCACAGAUCCAAAAAGUCCCUGUGCAUGAGCCGGCCCCUAGUGCAGGUAAAGUACUGUUCCUACCUAUCCAGUGGGCACAACAAGCAGCACAGGAGGUGGGUGCUGCGCUCAGCUGUGCGAACCGCACGGCGAGCCAUAAAGAACCACUACCCUGAGCUGGUGGGCAAGAGAAUCUGCCACUUGUAUGAGGAGAAGGACAAAUCGGAGGUAUGGUACAAGGGGCAGGUGGUGAGGAUUCAUGAGCCCCACCCUAACCCGCUAAAGACAGUCUUUGAAGUGAAAUAUGAUAGUGAGCCAGAAUGGCAGUACUACCUGGAGCUGCUCAUGGACUACAAGAAAGGCUGGCUUAAGGUGGAGGACUAAGGAGUUCCAUUUAUAUUUUUGGGGGCGUGUGUAUGUUUUGUUUGAAGUUCUGUGAAACAGUCGUUUGUGUACUGGUGCUGGUUGUCUUUUUCUGCUUUGGUUCAAAUUGUUUGUGCAUGACAGUAUAAAACAAAAUGGAAACAUUUUGAUCUGUAAAAGUAAUGGAUCCUAACAUUCAAUACCUCAUUAUAGCUGCCCUUUUUUUAAGUACUUUGAGAAAUUUUACAUUUGCUUCACGAGUUUAAUAAAUGGAGAAAGAUGCAAA